UUGUCUCCCUCCCUCCCGAGCAGAGGGGGGGCAGUUAAAAGCAGGGAACCCCAGUGACCUCCCCUUCCCCCGGCCCGUGGGACGCCCACGCUGGCGCCGCCGGGGGCCGCCUCCGCCUCGCAGGGCUUUCUGAAAAUUUGUUCCCAUGUAUAAAGAUGUCGUUAGUGGACCUUGGAAAGAGGUUGCUAGAAGCAGCUCGCAAAGGGCAAGAUGACGAAGUUAGAACGCUAAUGGCAAAUGGUGCUCCUUUCACCACUGACUGGCUUGGGACAUCACCUCUUCAUCUUGCGGCCCAGUAUGGCCAUUAUUCAACAGCAGAAGUGCUGCUUCGAGCAGGUGUUAGCAGAGAUGCUCGAACCAAAGUGGACAGGACACCACUGCAUAUGGCUGCAGCUGAUGGACAUACACAUAUUGUAGAACUUCUUAUUAGGAAUGGUGCUGAUGUAAAUGCCAAGGACAUGUUGAAGAUGACUGCCUUGCACUGGGCAACAGAACACAACCAUCGCGAUGUUGUAGAGUUGCUUAUAAAGUAUGGAGCUGAUGUUCAUGCUUUCAGCAAGUUUGAUAAAUCAGCCUUUGAUAUAGCCCUGGACAAGAACAAUGCAGAGACUCUGGUAAUGCUGCAGGAGGCAAUGCAGAAUCAGGUGAACAUGAAUCCAGAGAGAUCAAAUCCUGUCACAAAUACAGUGACUGUUGCCUCACCAUUUAUCCUUGCAUCAGGGGAAGUUCUCAAUCUUGCUAGUUUCGUUUCUUCCGCAAACACCAAAACAACCUCAGGUGAUUCCCGUGUAUCUACAGUGCAGUUUUCAAACUCAACAACCUCUGUGCUUGCUACACUUGCAGCCCUCGCUGAAGCAUCAGCUCCUCUUUCCAAUUCAAACAGAGCUACAGCUAACACAGAGGAAAUAGUGGAAGCAAAUUCUGUAGAUUCUGCAAUACAACAGGUGGUUGGCAGUGGAGGUCAACGAGUCAUUACGAUAGUAACAGACGGCGUUCCACUGGGCAGUCUCCAAACAGCCAUUCCUACUAGUGGUAUCAGCCAGCCGUUUAUAGUGACCAUGCAAGAUGGACAGCAAGUUUUAACUGUACCUGCUGGUCAGGUUGCAGAAGAGACUGUUAUUGAAGAUGAUGAUGAUGAUGAUGAUGAUGUAGAAGAGGAAGAACAUCCACCAGCAAAGAAGCAAAAAGUUGACCAAAAUGUAAAUGAUUUGGAGGAAAACCAGGACGAAAAUGAAAGGGAAAUGUUACAGCAGCAGUUGCACGAGGCAAACAGAAAGGCGCAAGAAUAUCGAAGCCAGCUAAUGAAGAAAGAACAAGAAGCGGAGCAAUACCGGCUAAAGCUUGAAGCCAUGGCAAGACAGCAGUCCAAUGGUGCUGAGCUUACAGUGGUUGAAGAGGUUGCUGAGGUGGAUGCAGUUGUGGUAUCGCCAGAGGAAAUGGACGAGUCUGCAGCCACUGUAGUGGAAACAGAGCAGCCUACUGACAUUGCUGUGGAAACUGUAACGGCGUAACCUGCGAGUUACCAACUCCGUUUUUAAAGGAAAAACCAUUAUUUUAAAGGAGAUGCUGUUGACAAGCAACAUUGUGAGCUAACUGGUCUGUUGAAGACCCACCAUGCAACUGGAAUGUUGAAGAACUGAACUGCUUGUGUGGUUCCAUUCAGAGGGAUAAAAUCUCUCCUGCAGCUCAUGACAUUAAUUUGCUUUGAACAGAAAGCCAAAGGUGCUCUUAUAGUUUGAUGUUGAGAGAAAGGUAUUUUAAAAAGUACCCUAAUAAAUUUAGCCAGCAAGUGACCACCAAGCAUAUUUUGUAACAUAGGUCUAUAAUGUGGGAGGGAAAAGGGUGGGUGGGGAAAGUAGUACCUCAUUGCCAAAGUGGCUGGUAAUAGCGCUCAGCUGCCCUGAAUUUACUGCACUGAAAACAAAUUUUAUGCAAUGACAUAUUUGCACCCUUGUGUGUAGUUAUCAGAUUGGAAACCAUGAUUUGGAGUCUCACAACAGUCUGUUUGGGGAGUAUAAACUUUUCAUUAAAAAGCUGGCUUUUAUUGGAAAGCAAACGUUUCUGAAAUAAAACACUAUUGACAAUAUCUUCCAAAGCCCUUUAAGAGAAGGUGAAAAAUGGAUUGGUCUUUGUAGAUGAUGUUUGUUUCAAACAUGAAUCCAAAAUACAGCACCUCCUACAAGAGCAAAGCACAGGCUAAGUUUGCAUGAGGUCUUCAGCAUUUAAGCAAUUUGAGAUAUCAGGGAAUAUUAAAAUGCCUUUUUUGGCCUGUUUUUGAAAGCGCUAUCUACAUCUGAACCCUUGACUACCUAAAGGGAUACCAGGUAAAAAUUAGACCCUUCAGUUUUAUGAAACUCGGUCAAGUUUUCUUUUUAGCAUUUUUGUGCUAUUCAAUGGCACCAACUGUUUAUAUAUGCAAAAUGUCUGAAGUUGUGUUAUAAGACAGUCUGGGAGGCUAGUAUGUUUCUGUUUGGAAGUGGGUAGGCAUCUCACAGCUUUACUAAUCAAAAUUGUCCAUUUUAAAUAUACUAAAACAAAUUUUUUAAACAAGUGACUGAUCUUACUAUUAAAUGUCUAUUUGCUUGCAGACCCAGAGGGUAAAUAAGUUACCUAUAUGUGUUGCCUGUUGCAGGCUGAGAGAUUGUAUUUUAAAGUGAGAAACAUGUAUUACAUGCAGAACUGUCUGUCUGUCUUUUCUGUUACAAGACUGAAGCAAAAUUAUUGGAAGUGCUAUGAUCAACUGUGGGAAAUAUUGUUUACAGUAUGGUAGUCUUAAUUAAUGAUCACAAGUAAAGCAAUUUAAAUUGAGGAAAAACUUCACAAGAAUGUAGCCUGACCACUUUGCUGCAGAGUUUAGAAAAUAUUAAAUCUCUUCUAGCUUGAAAAACUGAUACUGCUUUCUUGACAAGUUUUGGAAAAUCUGUCUUCCCUCUAAGGCAAGUAUUGUUAAAUUCAUGACUUCAGUUUGCAUAAUACAGUCUCUCCUGCUUAAGUUCUGUUUAUGAGGAUUGCAAGUAUUCAUGGUAGUUGUUCAAUUUCAUGGUUGCAAAGGUUUGUCUUGUAUUCUUAUCUCCAGCAGCGUGUGUCCAGAUAAUGUGGUUUUGUGUUGAUACAAAUACCUCUUUCAUUAUAAUUCUUUUCUAGCAGACAUGCCCAUGUUAGGACAUGAGAUGAAUCAUGCAGAGACUUUUUUUAGUCCACAAAGAUACUAACUUCUGGAAUCCUGGGCAUGGUCAUAGGUGAAAAUGAAUUGGCCUCUGUGGAGGGGAGACUGGGUCACAUCAGAAAAGCCUGGCUCAAGUUCAUAGGAUAGUCAUGGCUCAAGAGUGGCUUUGAAUUGAUAGCAAUGACAUUGCAGGUCAUGUCCUGAGAGGGGCCGUGGAGGCCUAUUGGAAUCAGGUUUUGCUCUGUAUGGUGCUGUUAGCCUCUCGCAUUAAUGAGCAUGAGAUUGGCAUACAUUUUUUUUUAAAUGUAACUUCAGCCUGUCUUUGCAGCUUGAAUUCCAUAUCUAUUCUAAAGCCUUUGCAUUCAAGCAUUUGAUCCGUUUCCUGUUCUAAGUGAAUUGCCUCUGUUCAGUCAAGAAAUGGGAAAGAUUGAAGCACCUCACAUAAAUUCUUUUUGACCAUGCAUUUUGGCCUAACAGUUCUCCAUCUGUAGAUAUUGUACCAAAUUCAACCAUUGCCUCCAUGCACCCUCAUUGUCUCCGCUUGGAUUGAAUGGUUGAAAUAGAGCAGAAUUUGAUAUACAUCCACACUGCAGAGUACAUAUGUAAGUUGUAUUUAUUCUGUACAUAUGCUUACAGUGCAAAGCUUCUUUUAGAUGGUGCAGAUAGUACACUGUGCCUUUAGAAAUGAAGGAAGAGAACUAUCCAUUGUAAUGAUGGAUUAAUAUAAGUCAAAUAGUUUUAAUUUAGUAGUCUUUAUUAGAAAAAGUGACUUCUGAACAGAGAGGUUUCUUGAUUAGGAGAAAAGCAUUGUUCAGUUUUAAUUUGAAAGAAAGAAUUGUAGAAGCUGGGUCUCUUCCAACUCUGUUUGGUUAGCAGUCCAUAUCCCUAUCAAUACAGGACUACUAUAUUUUCUGAGGUUUUGCUCAGUCUAGUGUUAAGUGCCACAAAACUGGGGUAUCUACCAGUUAAGCUUUGGAAUAAUUUCCUUCUUGAUUUCACGGUCUGGAGUUUUCUCCUUGUCUGGAUGGUUUAUUUUGUUUAGCGCCCCAUCUUCCCCCAAAGUGAGCGUUGGUUGCUGGAGUCACAAAUCAGUAACUAGGGAAUCUUGCAUCGUCACUCUGAUUGAAUCUUUGUGCAGUUUCAGUGGAAGCCGUGAGAGGGACUAUUCUACUAACAAGGAGUCAGAUAAGAGAGUUUGACUCUCCUACGUAAAUUUUCCUCUAUUUAGUUCUUGUGGCUAGAAGGUAACAGUGAAGAGGCCCAGACUUUUAGAAUCAAGCAUUGGGCUUUGGACAGCAGCUUCAGAAUGAGAAACAAAGGGCUCGAUUUCUUUGAUAAAACCAAUCACUGCUAAAAUAGCAUUCUGUGAAUCUUGGUAGUGUCUCAAUUCCUCAGUUGGGAUUGAGGACAUGUUGUAAUAGGCGCUGUACGAAUGCAAUGCCUACCCCAACUAGUGAUCUAAGGACAAGCCAAGCAAAGGCUGGUCAGUGAUAUAAACUCAGUUAAAAUAGCUGUUGAAAUUAAUUUAAAUGUUGCAAUAAGUUGCAUUUCACCAAACUUGGAGGAGUCUCCUUGGUAACAAUUAAGAAUCAAAAAGCAAGAUUCAGGAAAACAUGCUGUCAGUUCUCUUGCAGCUGGAUUGGGGAUAGGAAAGAAGCUGGUCCAUAAAAUGAAGAGGGGAAGGGAGUGGGGGGGAUGUGAGCCAAAGUCACGAAUGGUUUGUUGGAAAGAGUUUAACAUGUAAUCUUAUGGACACUUGCUAUUUGCAGAACAUACAGGUAAGAGUGUGUCUGCCAUACAGCAGAAAGACAUCAUGGUAGCAGUGUGUCAGUAAUGGAACUCCGCACACUGUGAAUUCAGUGCCAUCUUGACUCUUAAUUAUAUAUCCAUUCAAAGGCAAUAACCUAUAAGGAGGGUGGUUGCACCAUUUGUGCAUAUACCCAAAGUAGGAAGUGUGUCGCAUAUUCCACUUUCUUUUAACAUAGUGAGCCAGUCACCCCUGCUAUAACCCCCCUAAAAUCAAUGGAGUUACCAAGAUGAAUUUGGCUGUGUUUUUCAUCACUUAUUGUAGUGCAAUUAAAACUUAAUAGUCCAUAAAUUUCAGAAAUAUUUCCUGCAAGGGGCGGGGGUGUCUUUGAAAUAUUGUGCAAUUUAAAGAUAUGCCCUGGCAGUCCAGUCCAAGCAGAAAUUAUGUGGUGUGGUUUUUCUUGUUUAAAACAGCUGGCUACGUUUUAACAGUAUUUUAUUGGUGGUUUUCACUAACUGCUUUAGGAAAGACUUAUGAAACUACUUUCUUUGUAUUGUAAAAUCUACCAUGGAACUUACUGGUUUUAUGUAUCAAAGUGCAUUUAUUUAUAAACAGUGUAACUAUUUAUAAAAAGACUUUUUAUAUCUUUUCCAAAAGAUGUUUUGAGGAAGGCUUUAAUAAUGAAUUUUUAAAAUUAAUGAUAGUUUGGAAAAACAGGACUCUUACUUAUUUUACAUUUUCACUAUACUUCAAUACUAUAAAAAAGAACCAGUGUUUCCUCUGAAUUGAAAAAUACAUUCAUUUGCUUUGCUUUGUUUUCUGUACAUGUUACAAUUGUCUGAGCUGAUAUUCUUUAUUGUACACUGUGAAAUUGCAUCACAAGGGUAAUCCAGAGAGAUUGAUUUAACAUGUUUACAGAUUUAAAGGGACACUGUUAAGUUUAAAAUUACAUUUGCCUGAAAAUUGUGCCUACUGUAGUUACUUGCAAGACCUAAGAUUACAAUAACUGAAAAGCUGGCAAAAAAAAAAGUCUGAAUUUGACAGCACUUUGUGUAUAGUCAUUUUAACUGUUUUCCCCUAUGUUGUCUCAAUUUUGCUUAAACCCUGCUACUGGGAAACAGAUCUCUCGCCCUUCCCCCCCCCCACCCCCCC